GGAGAUAUACCUAGUGCUAGAUGAUGAGUUAGUGGGUGCAGCGCACCAGCAUGGCACAUGUAUACUUAUGUAACUAACCUGCACAAUGUGCACAUGUACCCUAAAACUUAAAGUAUAUAUAUAAAAAAAAAGACAUCGCUAGUGAGCACGCUGUAUACGACAUCGCUAAUGAGGACGCUAUAUAUGACAUCGCUGAUGAGGACAUUGUAUACGACAUCACUAAUGAGGACACCAUACAAGGCAUCGCUAACGAUGACGCUGUACACAACAUCGCUAGUGAUGACACCGUAUAAGACAUCGCUAAUUAUGACGCUGUAUACGACAUCGCUAAUGACACCAUACAAGGCACGCUAACGAGGAUGCUGUACACGACAUCACUAAUGAGGACAGUGUGCAAGCCAUCGCUAAUGAGGACACUGUAUAUGACAUCGCUAACGAGGACACUGUACAAGGCAUUGCUAACGAGAACGCUGUACACAACAUCGCUAAUGAGGACACCAUAUAAGACAUCACCAAUGAGGAUGCUGUAUAUGACAUCGCUAAUGACACCCACAAGGCAUGCUAACGAGGAUGCUGUAGACGACAUUGCUUAUAAGGACACCGUACAAGACAUCGCUAACCAGGACGCUGUAUACGACAUCGCUAAUGAGGACGUUGUAUAUGACAUCGCUAAUGAGGAUGCUUUACAAGACGUAGCUAAUGAGGUUGCUGUAUAUGACAUCGCUAAUGAGGACAUUGUAUAUGACAUCGCUAAUGAGGACGCUCUAUACGAUAUCACUAAUGAGGACGCUGUAUACAACAUCGCUAAUGAGGACGCUGUAUAUGACAUUGCUAAUGAGGACACUGUACAAGACAUCGGUAAAAAAGAAGAUGCUGCCAAUGAGCCAUUGACACUGGAGAAUGAUACGUACCCUGAAAGAACUCACUUCCUGAGGAAAAAGCGCCAUCUCUAGGAUUUGAUUGUGGAGAGCAUAUCUGAUGAUGGGGAUUUGUAGGACUUUAAAAAGCACUCAUGUUUCCAGCCUCACUGUUGACUCCUGGCUUAAAGGGAUCUCCCGGGGUGAGUGAGGAGGCGGGAUCGGACCCUGGCAGUCUGACGGCAGCACCUGUGUUCCUCUGCACUGGGCCGUGGAUGACAUUACACACCUUGCCACUCCCACGGUCCUGUAUGUUCCGGAUAUUUAAAAAUAAUGGCUAUAAGGUUGAGCACUUCAGGAUAUGCUGUUUUGCUGUGUGCAGAUGGAGGCAGUGGCUGGAGUGAAUGAACGGCAACACUUGCUGGCAACCGGCAGAAGCUGAGAGACAGGGAACAGGCUCUCCUCCAGAGCCUCCAGGAGCCAGGCCUUUGGACACCUUGAAUGUGGGCUUCUGGGAGACCAUGCGUUUCUGUUAUAAGCAGCCCAGUCUCUGGCAGUUUUUACGGCUGCCCCCGAACACUCAUCUAUACCUGUCUGACAAGGUCAAGCUCCAAGGAAGGGAUUCUCUACAUAUCUACAUUGUUUGCAGAUUUUACAAUAAUCAUUUAUUCUUGCAUGGCUGAUCAUUGUUAACCAAUACAAAUAAAAUAAUAAAGAAAUGACCCACAUUUUA